AUGCCAUCCUUGCCUAAUGAAGGAGAUAACCAAGGAACCUCUUGUCUGACUUUGAGUUCAGAACUGCCUUACCAAAGCACAAUUAAAAGAAAAGUCAGAAAGAAGAAAAAGAAUGGAAUCAUCACUGCGAACGUUGCUGGCACAAAAUAUGAAAUUGUUCGUUUAGUAAUAGAUGAGCUGGGGUUUGUGAAGACAAGAGAUGAAGAUGAGACUGCUAAUCUCAUAUGGAGUGAUUCUGCUGUGCAACAAGACAAGAUUGCUGAGCUCCGAAACUACCAGAGAAUCAACCAUUUUCCAGGAAUGGGAGAGAUUUGUAGGAAGGAUUUCUUGGCAAGAAACAUGACCAAAAUGAUCAAGUCUCAGCCUCAGGAGUAUAGUUUUAUUCCUCGAACAUGGAUCUUCCCUGCGGAAUAUAUGCAAUUUCAGAACUAUGUAAAGGAACUGAAGAAGAAGCGAAGACAGAAAACGUUUAUAGUCAAACCAGCUAAUGGUGCAAUGGGGCAUGGAAUCUCUCUGAUAAGAAAUGGAGAAAAACUACAAGCUCAGGAUCACUUGAUUGUUCAGGAAUACCUUGACAAACCAUUUCUUAUGGAAGGUUACAAGUUUGAUUUACGAGUGUAUAUUCUGGUAACAUCCUGUGAUCCAUUAAAAAUAUUUUUAUAUCAUGAUGGACUUGUGAGAAUGGGCACAGAGAAGUACCAUCCUCCCAGUGACUCUAAUUUGAGCCAGUUGUAUAUGCAUCUAACCAACUACUCUGUGAAUAAACAUAAUGAGCACUUUGAACGGGAUGAAACAGAAGAUAAAGGCAGUAAACGGUCCAUAAAAUGGUUUACUGAGUUUCUACAAACAAAUCACCUUGAUGUUUCCAAAUUCUGGAAUGAUAUUUCAGAACUAGUGGUGAAGACUCUCAUAGUAGCAGAGCCACAUGUCCUUCAUGCUUAUCGUAUGUGCAGACCAGGCCAAGCUCCCGGAAGUGACAGUGUCUGCUUUGAAGUACUGGGAUUUGAUAUCCUGCUGGACAGAAAACUAAAACCCUGGCUCCUGGAGAUUAAUCGAGCCCCAAGCUUUGGAACUGACCAAAAAAUAGACUAUGAUGUAAAAAAAGGUGUUCUACUAAAUGCACUAAAGCUUCUCAAUAUAAGGACAAGUGAUAAAAGGAGAAACUUAGCCCAACAAAAAGCUGAGGCUCAAAAGAGACUUUAUGGUCAAGGCUCAAUGAAAAGACUGUCACCAGGAUCCUCUGACUGGGAAAAACAGCGCCACACGCUAGAGAGGAGAAGAGAAGAACUGAAAGAAAGACUUGUGCAAGUUCGUAAACAGAUUUCCAAAGAAGAGCAUGAAAACAGACACAUGGGGAACUACAGGCGAAUUUACCCUCCUGAUGAUAAGCUGUUACUUGAAAAAUAUGAGAGUUUGUUAGCCAUUGCUUUCCAGACGUUCCUUGCUGGGAGAGCAGCUUCACUUCAGCGGGAGCGGAAUAACCCUUUGAAAAGAAUGAAGGAGGAAGACAUUUUGGAUCUUCUGGAGCAAUGUGAACUAGAUGAUGAAAAACUGAUGGGAAAAUCCACCAGGCAACGAGGACCCAAGCCCCUGUCUUCUAUGCCAGAAAGUUCACAGACCUUAAAAAAACAGAGGAACUACAGUAGUGAGAGUAGCUGUGACAGCAGCAGCAACACAUCAGAAUGGGAGGAGGAAACUGAAAAGGAAGAUCACAAUGAGAAAAAAGAGAUGAAAGUGUCAUAUGAGCUUGAAGAAAACAAGUAUAAAUUAUUAGAGCGAUCCAGUCCUAUAAGGCGUUCUGUAAGCUGUCCCCGUUCAAUAUCAAGCUUCGCUAUGCAGUCACAAGCCGCUGAGAAACGUCCCUUUUCAGCCAAACCUGCAGUGCAAAUGCCACGUCCAUCAUCAAUGAAUAGGUCCCAUUCUUUAAAUCGUAAUUCAUCUUCAGUCAGAAUGUGUAAUACUGCUAGUCUGGGCACAGUACACUCUUCAGGGUUUUUGAAUGAGUCUUUGCUUCAACAGAGAACAAAAGAGCAAGAAGAGGCAUUGACAAGAGAGACACUGGUCAUUUUCAAUGAUAUGAGGAUCAAGUUCCCAGGAAAAACAGAUGAAGAGGCAGAAUUAAUUAUAGAAAAUAUUAUGGAUAAUUGGAAAUACCAUAAAACAAAUGUGGCUUCAUAUUGGCUGAUAAAACUGGACUCUGUUAAACAACGAAAGGUUUUGGACAUAGUGAGGACAAGUGUUCGUGCUGUUCUGCAACGUGUCUGGAGGGUUUCUGACGUUGAAUGUUUACAUUUAUACCGUAUUUUUAACCGUGUGUUUAAUCGCUUACUCUGGAGCCAUGGCCAAGGCUUGUGGAACUGUUUCUGUAAUUCAGGAAGUUCUUGGGAGACCAUAUUCAGUAAAAGGACAGAGGUGGUGACUCCUGAACAACUCCAGUGUUGUCAACGAAUAGUACAGCUUUGUAAACACUGCCUGCUGGUGGCUUACAAAUAUUCAGCAGAUUCAAGAGGAUCUCUUGCUGGAAUUAGCCCUGACUGGGAUGAUACAAGGUAUUUACUGCCAGGACCUUCACAGUUCAUCAUGAAAACAUCCUCCAACUUUAUCUGCACUUCAUCCGGAAUGCCUCGCUCUAACAUUUUGUUUACACCCAGGUAUAGCCACUUGUGA